GUUAGAUAAGACCACUUACACCGUGAACACCCCGAAGAGCGGUGAAAAGUGGACUCUCUAUUUUAACUUGUGCCGAAGUGCAGCGAGAGGAAACCUGCAGCCAAUCAAUACACAGACUCAUCUGACGUGUCGAGUCAUCAUGGCGGAAAUUAAAACGGGAAUCUUCGCUAAGAAUGUUCAGAAAAGACUGAACCGCGCUCAGGAGAAGGUGCUGCAGAAGCUGGGUAAAGCAGAUGAGACCAAAGAUGAGCAGUUUGAACAAGUGGUUGUUAACUUCAGGAGGCAGGAGUCUGAAGGCUCGCGGUUGCAAAGAGAGAUGAAGUCCUACAUGUCUUCAAUUAAAGGGAUGCAGCAGGCCUCCAUCAACCUGACACAGUCUCUGCAUGAAGUCUAUGAACCAGACUGGCACGGCAAAGAUGACGUCAUGACCAUUGGGAAGGACUGUGAUGCAUUGUGGGAAGAUUUCCACAACAAACUGGUGGACUCGACACUGCUGAACCUGGACGAGUACCUGCUGCAGUUUCCAGACCUGAAGACUCGCGUGGCCAAAAGAAGUCGGAAACUUAUCGACUACGACAGCGCUCGGCAUCAUGUGGAAACUCUGCAGACUUCUGGGAUGAAGAACGACCGAAAGAUGAUGAAGGCAGAGGACGAGUUGAAAAAGGCCCAGAGAGUGUUUGACGAGCUGAAUGUUGGUCUGCAGGAUGAACUGCCAACUCUGUGGGACAGCCGGGUCGGAUUCUACAUCAGCACUUACAAAAGUGUGACGAGUCUGGAGGCAAAGUUUCACCGUGAGAUUUCUCUGGUGUGUAGGCAGCUGUAUGAGGUGAUGACCAAACUUGCUGAGCAGCACUCUGACAAAAUGUUCACCAUCCAAGGAGCACCGAGUGAUUCGGGACCUCUGCGGCUUGCUAGAACACCAUCACCACCAGAAGACGAGAGUCCACCUGAGAGUCCAGAUGCAAGCUCCAAUCACAUGCUCCGCCCCGUCUCACCUGGACCUCCACGGCCCAAAUCCCCAAUACAGCUUAAAAAGGGACCCCCUGUGCCCCCCCCACCAAAGGCCACCCCCACCAAGGAGGUGGCAGAGGAACAGAUCAUUGACCUGUUUGGAGGAGAAUUCUUACCAGCACCUUCACCAUCGCAGCCCAAUGAAAGACCAGGAGAAUCUCUUCUCGACAUGGACUUUGACGCUUUUCAGCCUGAUGAAAGUGUCUCACCGAUACCACAGACAGCUGUGCCUUGGGAUAUGUGGUCGGUGAGUACUGUCCUCUGUCUUGAUCAAAAAAAGCUGUUUAAUAAUUACCACGUUUUACUUAACCAGGAAUUUACAUUGAACAGGUCCUCCUGGAAGCACGCUGCAGACACUGGCUUUGUCGCUGACUGGUCUGCUGACUUUGGCUCAGUAACAGCAAACGGAGAUGCUGCCUCAGGAGCUGAGGCCCCUGCUGCCCCUGGGGCCUCUGCUGCAGGGCCAGAGGGGGCGGAGGGCGAGGCACAGAGUGGGGCUCAGGGCUGGCCCCAGGGAGAUGCCUGCCAGCCAGGUGGAGACGCAACUACACCUCCUCAACCGGAGGACAGUGAGGCAGCCAUAGCACCUGAAGAUGAGGUUAGCAGCUGGGACCUCAAUCCUGUAACUUACCCCAACCUCCAUCCCUCUGCAGUCGGAGGUGAUGAAGCUGAGACAGAGCAGGCAGAUUCAGGGGGAGACAUAGCAGGGCAGGAAGACCGCAGGAAGUCCACACCAGGACUUAUUUUCACCAACGAGUACGGUGAACAGAUUCAGGACAGCACUGAGGAUAGAGUGGAGAAGUUGUCCAGGUCUCCAGAUGGGUCUGGGUCUGAGUAUGAGACUGCUGAGGAAUGGGGUGAUGGAGGUCAGGGGGGGGGCUGGACAAGUGCUGAUGAUGAACUUUCAUAUGAAGAUCCUCCCCAUUGGGAGGAUGCUACAAAAGGUAGAACUGAUGGUGAGGCAUCAGAUCAGCCACAAACCGUAUCAGCAGACAUGACAAAUCCCCCCGAAACACAGGGAGGUACGUUUGAUUCUGACCCCUUUGCUGAAACACAGGGAGGUACGUUUGAUUCUGACCCCUUUGCUGAAACACAGGGAGGAGGUGCGUUUGAUUCUGACCCCUUUGCUGAAACACAGGGAGGUACGUUUGAUUCUGACCCCUUUGCUGAAACACAGGGAGGUACGUUUGAUUCUGACCCCUUUGCUGAAACACAGGGAGGUACGUUUGAUUCUGACCCCUUUGCUGAAACACAGGGAGGAGGUACGUUUGAUUCUGACCCCUUUGCUGAAACACAGGGAGGAGGUGCGUUUGAUUCUGACCCCUUUGCUGAAACACAGGGAGGAGGUACGUUUGAUUCUGACCCCUUUGCUGAAACACAGGGAGGAGGUGCGUUUGAUUCUGACCCCUUUGCUGAAACACAGGGAGGAGGUGCGUUUGAUUCUGACCCCUUUGCUGAAACACAGGGAGGAGGUGCGUUUGAUUCUGACCCCUUUGCUGAAACACAGUUUGGAGACAGAGUGGGUGGUGUUAAAUGUGAUCCAUUUUCUGAGACCUCAGGAGAAGGUGAUCUUGUGUCCACCAGUGAUGGAGGAACUGGGUGGGAUACAGAUCCGUUUGCCAACAGUCUCCCAGCAGCGUCUGCAGAUACUGAGGGUCCUGCCACAAACACCACGUCUUGGCAGGAAGUCAGUAAUGAUAUUGGCUUCAACUCUUCUGUCACUCAAGAAAACUCUGCGUCCUUCUCUGGCACAGCAGCACAAGGAGUUAAAGAUGUAAACGUUCCCAGAAUUCCCAAAGAACCAGAAAAUUCAGACAUGUCCGAAGAUGAGGCUGCAAACCGGAGAUUUGGAAAGUUGUACCAAGAGCUAGAUACAGAAAAGGAAGAGGUGAACAAAGAAUUUAACGGAUUUUCACAGGAUGCAGCUGCCCCAUCCUUUUUUGCUGAUUUUGAUAAGAUGACUCCUUCAGCUGAAGAGGCCAAAACAUCUCCAGCUGAGGCUGCUCCAUCGGAAUCAGCUCCAGAGGAAAGGAAGGAGAGUCCUGUGGAUGAAGCUUCGGAAAAGAUGCCAAUCCCAUCUGUGGUAAUUGAGCCUGCUUCCAGUAAUGAAGGUGAUGAUGACCGUGAUGCUGACAUCAUCUCUCCCACCGCCAUCAGUGAUAACGGUGUGACUGCUACAAACCAAACCAUCAAACACAUGAGCCCAUCAGGUGGAGUCUCAGGACUUCCUGACGACUUUCUGUACAAGGUGGAGACGGUCCAUGACUUUGAGGCUGCAAAUUCUGAUGAGCUAGAAUUGAAGAAAGGUGAUGUGGUGUUGGUGGUUCCCACUGCUUCAGUAGAAGAUCAGGAUGCUGGCUGGCUCACAGGGAUCAAAGAAAAUGACUGGUUAACACUGGGGGCUAGCGCUGAAAAAGGACUUUUCCCAGAUAACUUUACGCAGCGCUUGGACUAAGAAGACUCUUCAGCUGGUGGGAAAAAUAAGCAUAAGUGAGAGACAUGGGUGCACAAGUCAUCCAGUUAGCAUGUAGCCAACCCCUUUUUCUGAAAAAACAAACCUGAACCUGCUGCAGUGGUCUGUUGGACAACGAUAGGCUUCCUCUGGUAGAGAUAAAACUUUUCCGUCUACAGAAACUAAUUAACACUCGUACUAUUCCCAGCAUUACAGAAAAUGAAUAAGCAUGAUGUGAUAGUAUGGUCUACCCUUAUCUGAAAAUAAGAUGUUUUUUUGAAAGCAAAUAAAAUAUGAUGUUUGGUUUAUAGGGAAUAUUCCAAUUUGUACAUGUUCACACCUACAAAAGCAGGAACUUGUUUCUGAAGAAAAAAAACAGCAAAAAAAGAAACAACUGUACCUUCUGUAAGUGUGUUGUGCUGAUUUUGUUGCUCUGCUGUGGAAUAUACCAGAAUUUCUAGUGCUGUGGUCUGUUUGAAUGUUAUUGACUAUAACAUAAAACUCUUGAGUUUGUUCGUUUUUUCAGAUGUGUUAUCACUGUUAUCACUAUUUGUGUGUUUCUGUAAAUCAUGAGUGUGUGUGGGAAGUUUUGUUUGGCAUAUGUGGUGAAGAAAUAAGUAAUUGAUGGGUGUUGCUGUGGUUUUGCCAAAAGAAAUAUUGACAUGUGUUAUCUUAUCAUUGGGGCACAAACUGUGCAUGUCAAGCAUGAAAAUCUAAAAUAUUUAUAAUAGUAAAAGUUUCAAGACAAGCAAAUAAAGUAUUUCCCUGCUAUUGAAAAUAUCUUUCUGUAACUAAUAUGUCAUAUAAAAUCUUAUUUUCAAGACGCCAAGCCAUCCAGAGGCGGUUUAAUCUUA